AUGGAUGGAAAAGCUGAGCCUGAAAAUAUUGAUUCAUAUAAUAAGGCACAUGAAAACAGAGAAGUGAAACCUCACCCUUGUGAUAUAUGUGGAAAGUUAUUCAGUACAGGCAAUUUGUUAUUUUGCCAUAAAUGUAUUAAUACAAGCAAAAAACUACAUCAGUAUGAUAUCUGUGGUAAAACAUUCUCUCGGAGUGACAAUCUAUCUACCCACAAACGCAUCCAUAGUGGGGAGAAACCAUACAGUUGUGAUAUCUGUGGUAAAAUGUAUUCAGGAAGUUGUGAUUUAUUGACCCACAAACUUAUUCAUACAGGAGAAAGACCAUAUCAGUGUACUAUUUGUGAGGAAACAUUUUCUUCAAAACGUCAUUUAUCUUGCCACAUACGCAUUCACACUGGCGAAAGACCAUACCAUUGCGAUAUCUGGAAAAACAUUCUCUCAAAUCACUCUGAAGAGAAACCAUACUACUUUGAUAUCUGUGAUGAAACAUAUUCUGGAAGUGCUGAAUUAUCCUGCCACAAAUGUAUUCACACAGAAGAAAUACCAUACUGCUGUGAUAUCUGUAAUGAAACAUUUUCAACAAAGUUUAAUUUAUCUCGCCAUGUACGUAUUCACACAGAAUAA